UAAGAAAGAUAGAGAGAGAGAGAGAGGUAUUAACAUUAAGGGUGUGGUGGGAUGCUUGAGCUAAAGCUUUGCUGAAAACUGGCCUCGUCUAUUGCUGUAUUGGGCAGUUUAGGUGCCAUUCCAGCACAAGAUCUUGCAUCACCUCUACCUCUCUCUCUCUAUAGUAUAGCUCUCUAGCUAUCUUUUUCUCUCUGGACUUUCUUCAAACACAACCACAUCACUAACCUCCUCUCUCUCCUCUCUCUCCAACUUUUUUUCUUCAUGUUUCUUUGCUCAAGUUGAAGCUUUUUGCCACGCUGAAUUCUGGGUUUAAUGUGAAAAAUGAAACCGACCAUUAACCAAACAGCUGACAGACAAGAGGGAGACAGGGAGAUAAAAAAAAUGUGGGAUCUCAAUGACUCGCCUGAUCAGCGGCCACGUGGCGAGGAAUCCGAAGGCUGUUCCUCCCAGAAGACAUCGGCAGACGGAGACGAGGAAAAGGGCAAACGGGUCGGAUCCGUAUCCAAUUCAAGCUCGUCGGCCGUGGUCAUAGAGGAGGACGGAUCAGACGAAGAAGAAGAUCAGGACGACGGCCCAACCAAGCUCGCCAAGAAGCGAGGAGGAGGUGGGGGAGGAGGAGGAAAGAUAUUCGGGUUCUCCGUGACCCACGAGGAGUCCAUGGAUAGCGAUCCGCCUGUGACCGUCACCAGACAGUUCUUUCCGGUGGAGCAAGACGACUCCUCCUCUAAUUUUGACGUAAUGGGGUCCGCAGCGGGCGGCGGCAGCAUCCCACCACCUCCUUCUACAUCAUCGUCGUUUCCCCGAGCCCACUGGGUCGGGGUCAAUUUCGGGCAGUCGGAUUCGGGCAGUCCGGGGAAGCCACCGCCCACCGCGGAGGCCUCCCACCAGCCCAUGAAGAAGAGCCGGCGUGGGCCCCGCUCCAGGAGCUCCCAGUACCGGGGUGUUACGUUUUACCGGAGGACUGGCCGUUGGGAGUCUCAUAUUUGGGAUUGUGGGAAGCAGGUUUAUCUUGGUGGGUUUGACACAGCGCAUGCAGCUGCUCGGGCGUAUGAUCGGGCGGCGAUCAAGUUCCGGGGAGUGGAGGCUGACAUAAAUUUUACAAUAGAGGAUUAUGAAGAAGACUUGAAGCAGAUGAGCAAUUUAACAAAGGAGGAGUUUGUGCAUGUACUUCGCCGACAAAGCACCGGCUUCCCGAGAGGGAGCUCCAAAUAUAGAGGGGUCACCUUGCACAAGUGUGGCAGAUGGGAGGCCAGGAUGGGCCAAUUUUUAGGCAAAAAAUACGUUUAUUUGGGAUUGUUUGACACUGAGAUUGAUGCUGCAAGGGCUUAUGACAAAGCAGCAAUCAAGUGUAAUGGCAAAGAAGCUGUCACCAACUUUGAUCCCAGCAUCUACGAGAACGAGCUCAACCCCUCUGAAUCAUCGGGUGUUAAUGCUGCGGAUCACGACCUUGAUUUGAGUUUGGGAAGCUCAAACUCAAAGAAAAACAAUCAAGCAUUAGGGAAUGAUAAUAACAGCCAAAAUGCUGCACCGGAACGCCAGCAUUCUGUCUCGAUGCAAUUUGAUGCUGAUUGGAGGAGUCAAGGAUUUCGGCCUAAGCUUAACAUACAACGGGAUCGAUCUCGAGACGACAUUGAUGCUCAGAGAAAAGACGGGUACUUGGAGAGUGAAGCCAUGCAGCUUCUACUCCGAACCAACCUUCAAUCUCAAGUCCCAGCUGAAAUGCAUAAAUAUGGGCAGUUCAGUAGUAGGAGGCCUACUGCCGAAGACAUUCAAAUGCCUCACAAUUUCCCACCACAUUUCAACUCACCAAAUUAUCAUCAUAUUCAGUUUCCGAGCAGCAGUGAAGGAGGGGGCCGCAUUGGCAGUGAUCUUUCACUGUCAAUGAGCGACCACCACCACCAAUGGCAAUCCGCUACUCCGACCUCCGAUUUAUUUGCAACUGCUGCAGCAUCAUCAGGAUUCCCACCACAAAUUAGACCGUCGACCGCACAAAACGGCUGGCUGCAGAAAAAUGGGUUCCACUCUCUCACCAGACGCUAAUUAAAGCUAGCUUAGCUCUCUUUGGUCAUGACCCCUCUUAAUCAAGAUUUUUGUGCCUAAUUACCACCAUCAUCCCCCACGUCCCCGAUUCUAAUUUAUUACGAUCAAGUCCUCUUGAUUCUGUUUAUUUUGUAAGCACCAAAAAUCCAGUUCUUUCGGUGCUCCAAAACAAAGAUAAAUUUUAGUAACAAGGACAGGAAAUUCUCCUAUUUUUUGGGGAAAUGAAA